GUUGACAGAUAUCGACCGCGUUCUCGACGUCCCGAUCUUCGAACCGCCUGACAUCAUCGCGUCCGCCAACCCGCGCGCAUUCUCUGCAUUCAGGAUCAAUUGUGGCGCCCCCUCAGCAUCGACAUCCAAUGUUCCUCGAUUCCCCUGGAUGCUAGUCGCACGUCCUGCUGCUUUCGUGGACGAUGAUUCGCCGUCUCAUCCUCGCGGGACCUUCUGUUUCGUGCGCUUGCGGAUGUAUACAUGUCUACGCUGGAUGAACGUACCGCGGGUUUAUUCCCAGGGCAGCACGCCCAGCGAUCCGAGGAAUCUCUGGACGGACUGGAUGUCCGCCAUCAUCGAGGAAGAGUCGGGCUCCCUUACAGUCUGCGGCACUAUUAUCAAGUCAUAUAUUGUACGCGCAGAACGUAUGCACGACCGACGGCUGAUCCGACUCCGGGUGAUCCCGUACUUUGGGGAGAUGUACGUCCCCGACCUUUCUAUGGCGCGAGGAGCGAUACUGCCGCGGGUGCCGCUUGCCUCGGUCGAAUACUACCGGCGCUGUUUGGACGCAACCACCGUCUGGGCCGGGAUCCUCACCGACGUCGUGUCCAAGCAGACCGGCACACACACGUUGUCACACAUCUGGUACAGAGUCGCGCUGGAGGUCUGUACUCUGCCUCUCCCCGCCCUUCCCUUCAUACUCGUACUCACCGCAUAACUCAGCUGAACGACCGAGCUAUGGAGAAACGGUACCUGGCGACGGUCCACGGCGGUCCGUACGACAUCCCCAGCCGACGCUGCUACCUGCGCAUCAGCCUCGGCGAGAGCGUCCUCUUGCUCCCGGGGGACCUCAGCAAAGCCGUCUUGCGUGCGAUGGGGGCGACGGUCUGGGACGAGGCGGAGGCAGUGCUCGGAAUGGCCCAUACGGAGUAUGCACCGGCGCGGGUUCUACCUACCGUUUGCUGCGAUCCUGGGCGGGGCGUGCUGCGGACCACACCAGCGACGGUUGAAUGGGUGCGUUAUACCUAAUCACAAACGUCUUCUCGUGAACUCGAGUCGUGAAGCAUUGACUCGGAAUACACGGCGAGCGACGGCGGCGCGAAUCGAUGUGCAAGCAUCUGAAUCAGAAUUCAACCCCUCCUUUCCGGACAUCCCAGACAGCCCACGCGCGACAUGAAACGGGGAUUGACAAAUCCAGAAUUGACUAAGUGUACA